AUGGGUUGCUGCAUCAGCAAGAAGUGCGACGAGCCGCCGGGCGCGGCGGCUGGGGAAGCUUCCCGGUGUCGGUCGGAGGCGCGUGACCCGCCGCCGCCCCCGCCGGAGGAGGAGACGGUGAAGGAGGUGCUCUCGGAGACCCCGAAGGCCAAGCCGAGGCCCAGGCCGAGGCGCGUGGCCGCGUCAGCGGGGCAAGAAGCAGGGGAGACGGCGGCCAAGCCGAAGCUUGGCACUGCUAGGGCUAAGGAUGGCGGUGGCGGUGUCGGUGGCAGGACGCGUCGGGCGGUGGGGCCGGCGCGUUCCGGGCCUUCCGGCGACGAGAAGUCGGAGGUGGCGUCCGAGUCCUCGGCCGCGACCACCGCGGCGGGCCCCGAGCGGUCCCCGGCGAAGGCGUCCAGGAGGCGGGCGGCAGCCGUGCCCGGCGAGGUCGCGCGCGGCGCCAGGCGGGACCGAGGCGCCGGCGGCGGGCGCUCAGGUGGCGGCCGCGCGGCCCCCUCGCCGCCGCCUCCGCAGCCGCAGCCGCGGCGGCGCGAUGCCGUUACCGGGGAACGGCCGGCGCGGAGGUCCCCGUCGCCCGCGGCGAAGCGGACGCAGGAGCAGCGCCGUGCUGGCGCGGGCGCCGCUUCCGCAGCCUCUGGGACGCAGCGUAAGCCGCCUGUCCCCCCCGCGAGGCCCUGUGGCCGCGCGUCGCCGAGACGUGGGCAGGAGGCGCCUCCCGAGCUGUCGCUGCCGGCGCAGCCACGCGAGCCUGAGCAUUGUGCGUCUCUGCCGCCAGUGCUACCAGAGGAGAAUGCCGGCGCGGUCGCCGGCGACGGUGAGGGGAAGGAGUCGCUGGACAACCCGUUGGUGGCCAUGGAGUGCUUCAUCUUCCUGUAG